AGAAUUAAAAAUAUGUUGUCCAGCUAGCUACGUAACUAGGCUGUUAGCUAUAUUCAUGAAACAGAAGCUGGGCAUUAUUUUUCUCUUUUUGUGAAAUGAACGUUGUUGCUGACAGAAUAGAUGGAAAGUGUUACAGCUAAAAGCAAUGUGGAUAUUUUAAUAAUUUUAAUUGGCUCCCAAAAAAUGUAGUGUACUGUCGUUAGACUUGGCGAAAGAGGAAUGCAUGUCAGUACUUUAGCAGCUAGCUAGCCAGCCCGGCCCCUUAUUUUCAGCUAGCUGGCUAUAUACAUAUAUGCUAUAGCCAUAGCCACCGAAUGUUAAUGGUUCAUAGUGGCUGUGCUGGCUGCGCAUUUGAUAGAUUAAUGUAAAAAAUUUUGCGGCAUUGAUGGUCUAUAUUGGAAAUGGAUACGAAUGUACAGAAAAGGAGGGAGAGCAAAAAAUCUCUGCGGGUUAAGGUUAUCAGUCUUGGGAAUGCAGAGGUUGGGAAGAGUUGCAUCAUUAAACGGUACUGUGAGAAGAGAUUUGUACCCAAAUAUCUCGCCACAAUUGGGAUAGAUUAUGGAGUAACCAAGGUUCAAGUGCGGGACAGGGAAAUAAAAGUCAACAUUUUUGACAUGGCUGGACAUCCAUUCUUUUAUGAGGUGCGUAAUGAGUUCUAUAAGGACUCACAGGGGGUGAUCCUGGUAUAUGAUGUUGGUCUGCGAGAGAGUUUUGAUGCCCUUGACAGUUGGCUCACGGAGAUGAAGCAAGAGAUGGGUUCUCAAGCCAACAUGGAGAGCAUAAUUUUUGUUGUUUGUGCCAACAAGGUUGAUUUGACUAAACGACGUGUGGUGGAUGAGAGUGAAGGCCGGUUGUGGGCAGAGAGCAGAGGUUUCCACUACUUUGAGACAUCUGCUCAGAGUGGUGAAGGCAUCAGUGAAAUGUUCCAGGCCUUUUUCUCCUCUAUAACCGAUAUGUGUGAGAAUGGAGGGAAGAGGCCGACCCCAGAAGUAAGCAUAGGCUUCACGAAAGAACAGGCUGACACCAUACGACGUAUCCGCAACAGCAAAGACAGCUGGGACAUGCUGGGUGUUAAGCCUGGGGCAACAAGGGAGGAAGUCAACAAGGCAUACAGGAAGCUGGCAGUGCUACUGCACCCAGACAAGUGUGUGGCACCUGGCAGCGAAGAUGCCUUUAAAGCAGUGGUGAAUGCUCGUACCUCCCUGCUUAAGAAUAUCAAGUAGGAAUAUAUGCAAAUGGACACACACACUUGUGGAGAUAUGAGUCUUUCGUUGGCUUUAGCAAAAUACAUUUUUCUUUUUGGGCAGGAUUUAUGUGCUUAUUAUACAUAUAUUAUCAAACCCUUUUUAAGAAUGUACAUGUUGGUAGAUAUUUAUUAAUAUUUGGAUUAAACUAAAUCAUAAUAAACUCAAAUGUAGCAAGCAUCUUUUCAUCCAAGAAUAAGAGAUAUCAAACAGUCGUGGUUUACAGUUACCAGCUCGUCAUCUGAUAGAUGUGUUGCUGUUUGCUAUAAAUGAAUCAAUAUCAUAUUGCUGCUAUUACAUGGAGAGCUGCUGCUUCAUACUUCAAGGCUAAAGUCAACAUCAAAUAUAUUUAUAUAGCACUUUUCACAACAGCCGUUAUAACAAAGCAGCUUUACAUGUGUCCGAGUCCAAGCAC